GUAGGCGGCCGUUAGACCCAUUCGGCAGAGCGAAGACAAAGUUUAUUUGACGCUUACAUAAACUUUGCUACUCGGGAGUCAAAUUCCAAAGCCCUAGGAUCGCAUCUAGAUCACUUGUUUUCUUGCUUACAGAAACGAGAAGAAAGGAGAGAUGGAGCCGCUUCAGCAUUUUAGCCAUGAACAUCCACUGAUUUUCAGUGAAGAGCAAAGCCAUGAAAGUGAGGAGCAGGCUUAUUGCUCAGGAUGUGGGGAGCUGGUGUCGGGUCCAAGCUUCAGCUGUGUGGAGUGUGGGUUUUACCUCGACAAGAAGUGCGCCGAGGCACCUUCACAGCUGAAUCACCCCUUUCAUCGUAACCACAGCCUUAAUCUUCUAGCAAGCUCGCCAUAUGAUGCAAGUCUGUCUAUUAUUUGUGAUUUCUGUGGCGAAAUAUGUGACAGGAAUAACAGAAGAGAGUCUUGAAGAAAAUUCAGCAUUGCUACCAUAUUCAAUCAUUAAGGAGAUCAAAGAUGGCGAAAAUGUGAUAGUCACUGAGAUAAAACAUUUUAGCCAUCAACACAACUUAAUUUUAAGUAAUGACAUCAAGGGUGACAAAUGUUGUGAC